GAGCAUAGCAACCUCCAGUGCACAGAGAAAGAUCCGUAUACACAUGCAGGAGCAAGGAAACAGCAGGGUAUCUUUUACUACGCGGAGGACGCGGAGCACCACAAACAGGAACUUUAAAGGGAUUGAAAUCUGUUGCCUGUUCCACUAGGAAUAUUGUUUGCAAGGCACAAGGUGUCUUUUGGUAGUGAGCACCCUCUGCGCAUGCGCAGGUCCAUUCGGGAAUUACUGCCCUGCCGCCGACUAAGUUGCAUUCCUUGAAUCUUCGCAGAAAAGACAAUUCUUUAAUCAGAGUUAGUAAUGUGGACAGUACAAAAUCGAGAGAGUUUGGGGCUUCUCUCUUUCCCUGUGAUGAUUGCCAUGGUCUGUUGUGCACACAGCGCCAAUGAGCCCAGCAACAUGUCAUACGUGAAAGAGACAGUGGAUAGAUUGCUCAAAGGAUAUGACAUUCGCUUGCGGCCGGACUUUGGAGGGCCCCCCGUGGACGUCGGGAUGAGGAUCGAUGUCGCCAGCAUAGACAUGGUCUCCGAAGUGAACAUGGAUUAUACACUCACCAUGUAUUUCCAGCAGUCUUGGAAAGACAAAAGGCUUUCUUAUUCUGGAAUCCCACUAAACCUCACGCUAGACAACAGGGUAGCUGACCAACUCUGGGUACCAGACACCUACUUUCUGAAUGACAAGAAAUCAUUUGUGCAUGGGGUUACAGUGAAAAAUCGAAUGAUCCGACUGCAUCCUGAUGGAACAGUUCUCUACGGACUCCGGAUCACAACCACAGCUGCGUGUAUGAUGGAUCUACGAAGAUACCCUCUGGAUGAACAAAACUGCACCCUGGAGAUUGAAAGUUAUGGCUACACCACUGAUGACAUUGAGUUUUACUGGAAUGGAGGAGAAGGAGCAGUAACAGGAGUGAAUAAAAUUGAGCUUCCUCAGUUUUCAAUUGUUGACUAUAAGAUGGUGUCCAAGAAGGUGGAGUUCACAACAGGGGCAUAUCCACGACUGUCACUAAGUUUUCGUCUAAAGAGGAACAUUGGUUACUUCAUUUUGCAAACCUACAUGCCUUCCACACUGAUUACAAUUCUGUCCUGGGUGUCGUUUUGGAUCAACUAUGAUGCCUCUGCAGCCAGAGUCGCACUAGGAAUCACCACGGUGCUGACAAUGACAACCAUCAGCACUCACCUCAGGGAGACCCUGCCAAAGAUCCCUUAUGUCAAAGCAAUUGAUAUUUACCUGAUGGGUUGCUUUGUGUUUGUGUUCCUGGCUUUGCUGGAAUAUGCCUUUGUAAAUUACAUCUUCUUUGGAAAAGGCCCUCAGAAAAAAGGAGCUGGCAAACAAGACCAGAGCGCUAAUGAGAAGAACAAACUGGAGAUGAAUAAAGUCCAGGUGGACGCCCACGGCAACAUUCUCCUCAGCACCCUGGAGAUCAGGAACGAGACGAGCGGCUCGGAAGUGCUCACGGGCGGGAGCGACCCCAAGGCCACCAUGUACUCGUACGACAGCGCCAGCAUCCAGUACCGCAAGCCGCUGAGCAGCCGCGAGGCGUACGGGCGCGCGCUGGACCGGCACGGCGCCCACAGCAAGGGGCGCCUCCGCAGGCGCGCCUCGCAGCUCAAGGUCAAAAUCCCCGACUUGACUGAUGUGAAUUCCAUAGACAAGUGGUCCCGAAUGUUCUUCCCCAUCACCUUUUCUCUUUUUAACGUCGUUUAUUGGCUUUACUAUGUACACUAAGUUCGGUCCCCGUGGUUCCUAAACGACUACUUUCCUCUUCUCUUAGUUUUUAAUCCCACAGGUCCCCAGCAGCGGUACUGCUGUGCUUUUUGAGGUAAGAGAUUCAGUCAUCCAAUUGGUUUUAGGUCUUGCAUAUCAAUUUUAUUACUGCACCAUGUUUACUUCAAAAACAACAACAACAAAAAAACUCUAUUUUUUUUCCAGUCUACUGUGGUCCAGGUUAUUGGCUCUUUCAGAGCUCUGUUAAUUGCCAUGUUUACAAACAAAUACACACAACGAGAGAAAUUAGAUAGGCAGAUCUUUAGCAGUUCUAGCCGCCCUGGAUUUGAUUAUUUUUUAAGUGAAAAUGAAAAGAGGACCCAGCUCUCUGUGCGCAUGGCUUCCUGGUCAACUGUAACAAUCUCAUGCUGCCAAAAAACAACACAAUUUCCAGGAUCUCAGAAGACAAAACAAAGCCAUUGAUAAGUUACAGAUUUCCAGGAAGAAGGGAGAACAAAAAGGAGCCUAGAAGAGGAAGGAAGACUCCCCUCCACCCUCAAGCUGCCCCAGGUCCACUGUAGGAGGGGGUCCCAGCUCCACGGAGGAAGAGGGAGAGACUGGCAAGUGCUGCCCCAGGUUGUGCAAACCCAAUCUGCCAUCUUCACCUCAGCUUUAAACUGGAUAUUCUGAAAAAUGCUUCUUUCUCAGACUUCCAGGCAGAUUUAAAAUUAACAUUAGAGUCCAACCUGGUAGCCACUGGGAACAUUUUUCUUUUCUUGUUAAGUAUAAGGAGUUUGGGGGGCAGUGACCAUUUUUAAGCUAUUUCAGAUGAGCAGCCCUGAACUUAUUACUUCCUUAGCCUGGAAUCACUUGACGCUGUGUCAUGAAGCCAUGGCAUCACAUUGCCCUCGUUCCUCCUUUAGAGAGAUUGAGAGAAAGGGGGCAGGGGCAGGUGGGCUUUGAAGAAGAGGGUGGUAAGAAAUUUUUCCUUGGGAAAAAUAUUGUCCUUUCCAUGAGGAAGGCGAGAUUUAUGUGCUGUGAAAAGGGUGCCUGGGCAGUUACCUGAACUGCCAAAUCUUUAAUCAAAUAGUAUAUAUUUCUUAGCCUUCCAGAGAGCAGUAUCUAAUGGUGACAAGGCAGCUGCACACUGCUAGUUCCUCGGCUAGCAUGUUAUGCCUCUGCUCUCUGAGCUCUGCAUUCCAACACAUGAAACGAAUGCUUCAGGAAAUGCACAUAUACCCCUUUUGGUAUCAUGCUCCUUCAACGCCAGAUUUCUACUUUAAAGAAAACCUUCAAAACAGCAAAACCACAGAAUAACAACAACAUCACUGAGCCGUCAAACAUUUACAACAGCUCUGAAAGUACAGCCCUUGUCUACAGUCGUUACUGCUUCUGCCUCAUCUCUGCUCAUGGAUUACUUCGCUCGUCACAGAAGGGGCAUCCCUCAAGAGCCCAGCACACAAUUCUAACCAUAUCCAACCAACUAGAGUUGAGAUUCAUCUCAUUUGAUGUCAUUAAAGCCUCGUUAUUUUUGUGUUUGUGUUCAGCCUGAGCAUAUAAGAAUUC